AUGGAUGGGUUUAGUAUAGAAGCGUUCUCUCUGUUGGGGGUAGCCAUUUUCAUCAUUGGCUUACGAACUACUGCAAGAUGGAUUAUGGUCGGCCCAAGAGGGUUUCAAGCUGACGAUUAUCUAAUGUUGGUGGCAUGUGUGGUGUAUGGGCUAGAAACCGGUGCAGCAUACAUGGUCGGCGCGUGGUUCAUGGGCCUUGCCAAUAACUCGAUGACGGACGAGCAGCGAAAGAAUUUAUCGCCUCAUUCGGAAGAAUAUCGUCUACGUCAGGGUGGCUCCAAAGUUCAAGUGGCCGGCUGGUCAUUAUACACUCUGUUAUUAUGGUUGCUGAAAACAUGCAUGGCCAUUUUCUACUCUCGAUUGACCGCGGGCUUAGUGAAUAUGCGAAUCCGAAUCCAUAUCGCCUACGUCCUGAUCGCCAUAACUUAUAUUGCCACAAUCUGCUCGAUUCUCUUCGGAUGUCAUCCAAUGGAGAAGAAUUGGCAAAUAUAUCCAGACCCUGGAAAUUACUGUCAACCCGCCGUGUCCAAGAUCGACAUCUAUGUGACCGUUGUACUUAACGUCGCGACCGACCUUUAUCUUAUUAGCAUUCCAGCGCCGAUGCUUGUCAAAGCCCGACUAAAAUGGCGGGAAAAACUCGAACUCCUGAUUCUUUUCAGCGGUGGUUUGUUUGUUAUGAUGGCUGGUAUUCUGCGCUGCGUUCUCAUCUUGACAGCUGGCGCAAAUGGCGCCCAACAAGCUGGCAGCUGGGCCUGCCGCGAGACUUUCGUCGCCGUCAUCAUCGGCAACACACCCAUGAUAUACCCGUUGAUAAGACGAUUCACAAGGCGGGCUGGUAUAUACAUCACAUCAAGGGGUGGCUCACAGAGCUACCCUGGGUACCCUCUAUCAGAUGCCGACACUGGCGGGUAUUCCAGACGCAAGAAGUACCGCCAUCCGCUGUCGAUUCCCGGAGACACCCAAUGGAAUACAAUGAGCGACGAACAAAUGAUCCUACCUACCUCACGACAGCAACCGCCCACAUGCACCGCUGGCGAUGGCGACUGGGAGUCCCACAGCCAGGGUAGCCAGACUGGGAUAAAGGUUGUUCAUGAAACAAUUAUUCACACUUCCGAGAAGAUUCCUCCGCAAUAG